AUGGCCCACCCACUUCCACCGGGCCUCACACCCUCCGAGGUGUCGUUUCUAUGCGAGAUGGAAAUGGUGACAGUCGUGCCAAGAGGGCGUCUCGACAGUAUAGACCUUCUCAGUGGCACGACCCCGCCUCUCAAACCACCCCACCGCGCAGAGCUUCCCCUCUGGCUCGCCCUCCUCCUCAAAAAACAGCGCCGCGCCAACAUCCUGCCCCCAGCCUGGCUACUCCCAUCCUCCCUCGCCGAGAUCAUCCGUCAGGAGACCCGUGAGGACCCCCAGGCCUUCAGCAAACCCCCACCGCCGCCCGCCCGCGCCGACGGCCAAAGCGGCCUCGCGCACCGCAUCAACACAGCCCCGCUUGGCGACAACGACGACGUGGUCCUCUCUCCGCCGUUCCUGCAAGGGUGUGUGGCCGGAGCACCGUCGGGCUACCUGCCAUACCACUGGCUCGAGAUGGCCGAGGUGCUUCUCGCGCAUGCGGCCGACGACAUGCCGGCGCCGGCGGGCGUGGUCAGGGGUCUACUGCGGGACCUAGUGGAGGCGCGCGCCGCCAAGAUGCGGGCGAGCACCACGCAGCUGGAGGCGUUUGGGGGCGGCGUGAUCAACCUGCGGGGCGUAGGCGCCAUGGAGCUGGCGGAGAACAGGGGGUUCGUGCUGGGCGUGGUGGACGGCGUGCGCAAGCUUGGGGCCAGCGCCGAGGCGACGCGCAGGGAGGAAGAGGAGGAAGGUGGUGGGGUGGGCGAGGAUGAGGAGAGCGAUGAGGAUAUGGGGAUAUGA